AACUUUUACAACGGAAUCUGUUUCAUCCGCAUUCAUUUCUUCGAUUCCGACGCCCCCUUUCUGAUUUUGCUGCCAUGUUUCUUCCAACGCCCCAACGUCUGAUAAUUGAUAGCUCUUUCACCUCGUUCACCCUGUUGCUUUCCCGUUUGAACACUGCAAGUUGAAGCAAACGAUCGAGUCGAGACCGAACAAAGCCUACCGCCGCCCAUCGAUAUCCCCCUCCCUCCCAGGUCCCCUACUAAAUUCCUUCAGAUAUGUCUUCCGACAGCCCCAUGCACCCACCCGCACCCGCAUCCCCACCCUUAGACGCAUCAUUCCCGCGCCUCCCCACCACCCCGCCGCCGGAGCACACCCCCGCAGAGCGCCUCAAACUCGGCGCGCGCUACUUCAACUGGCUGAUGCUGACGACCCAGCAUCACGGGUCGGUCGACCUAGAGCGGCUUGUGAACGCCAAGGGGGCAUGCAUGCUGCGGGCGCCGUGGACGUGGAGUGAAAUCCUCGGGACUGGUACGCGCCACUGGCUGGCGGUCGGACGGUUCUACGGGCUCGGCUGGACCGAGGCUACGCCGGAGACAGCGAUCAUCAAUCAGUGGUGCGACUUCGUGGGCGUGCCACCCCACGAGUCCGUCGACCUGGAGCGGCUCGUGAACGACGAGGGGGCCUUCAUGCAGCGGGCGCCGUGGACGUGGAGCGUUAUCGUCGGGACUGGCAUGGGCGGCUGGCUGGCGGUCGGACGGUUCUACGGGUUCGGCUGGACCGAGGCUACGCUAGUGACAGAGGUCACGGAUCAGUGGUGUGACUUCGUGGGCGUGCCGGUCACUCUAUGGGGGUUAUUUCGCGGGACAGGAGUGCUCGAGCAUGGUUCACGGGAAGGGACGGACCAGGGCGCGCCAAUGGCGGGUAAAAGCAUUGUCGGGGUGCGCGCUCGUUUUUGUGGUCGCUGCUAG